AUCCUUACACGGAAAAAGAACUCCAGCAUGAUGAUGCCCUCCGCACUCUAAAGCAGCCGCCUUUCGCCUCUCAUCCUCACACGAAACCUCAGAGCCUCCAAUUUUUGGGAUCUUUCUCAUCAUCACAUCACCAUCAUCCUUCGAUUUUGCGAUUUGUUAAUGGUUUCCUUUCUGCGGUUUUCGGCUCCCAACGGUUCACAUCAUCCGUCGCUUUUCGCGGAACGUCAACGUUACUCAUGCAAUCAUCGCUUUCGAUGUUGUUCUGGGGUCGUUUUCCCUGCUUCCGGUAGAGGAAGUGUGGGGAGGGCGCUGAGGCAGGGGGCUCUGCUUCUCUCUGCCCAUGCCGAUCGUUGGUUCCGAGUCGCUGCGCCGCUCGGUUUGCGAGAAGUGGGAGAAGGUAUGGACGAAGCGGGCUCUGAUGGGGUUGGUGCUGGGCCAGAUCGUGUCCCUUCUCAUCACCUCCACCGGUUUCUCCUCCUCCGAGCUCGCUAGAAGAGGCGUGAAUGCUCCGACGUCACAGUCCUUCUUGAAUUACCUACUCCUCGCGACAUUCUACGGCGCAUUUGUUAUCCGCCGAAAACGGCCGCUCCAGUUAAGUUGGUACUACUAUCUGGUGCUUGCUGUUGUUGAUGUGGAAGCCAAUGUUAUUGUGGUGAAGGCCUACCAGUACACAUCUUUGACAAGUGUCAUGCUUCUGGAUUGUUGGUCAAUUCCAUGUGUUAUACUUUUCACAUGGGUGUUCUUGAAGACAAAAUAUGGAUUUAGGAAGUUUGCUGGUGUUGCUAUUUGUGUUGCUGGACUUGUAAUGGUUGUGUUCUCAGAUGUUCAUGCGAGUGACCGUGCAGAAGGAGGACCGAACCCUGUCAAAGGUGAUAUCUUUGUCAUUGUUGGAUCUACAUUAUAUGCAGUUAGUAAUGUUGGUGAGGAAUUUAUCAUUAAGAAGGCCGAUAGAGUUGAGUUGAUGGCGAUGCUUGGAGCAUUUGGAGCAGUUGUUAGUGCUAUUCAAAUAAGCAUACUUGAGUGCAGUGAACUUAAAGAUAUUAAAUGGACAGCUGGUGCAGUGCUACCAUUUCUUGGAUUUGCAAUGGCGAUGUUCUUGUUUUACUCAACUGUUCCCGUCAUUCUUAAGAUAUGUGGAGCAACGUUGCUCAACCUUUCGCUGCUGACCUCAGACAUGUGGGCUGUUCUAAUCCGCAUUUUUGCCUAUCACCAGAAGGUUGACUGGAUGUACUUCAUAGCUUUUGCGGCUGUUGCAGUUGGGCUCGUGAUUUAUUCAGUACAGAGGAAGAAGGAUGAGGAAGGUGCCCAAGUCGCGGAGGCCAGCGAUGAGCGGCAGAAGGAAAAGGAUGAAGAGGCUGUAGUUCUUGACAAUUUGACUCGAGGUUCCAUUGUGGCUGUUGAGGGCCAGAGAUCUGAGGAUGUCAAGCAACAGCCUUCCAUUACAAGUUUGCCCAAGUAAGGUUUCAUCACAACAACAAGCCACUGUGGUUAGAUCAAAGUGUUUCUGUGAUGGUGGUUCCUUUGUUCCUUGCUGUUCUUUCGUCCAUGGGGACAGAUUGAAGCAGCAGUAACAACGAUCGCUCCAGCAUAAGUAGUUUCCAUGGAACUCCAAUGCCUGCUAUAUUCAAUUGUGGUCUUGUU